AAAAGGGUCUCAAAGAUAUAGCUGCAGCCUGCAGCUGCAGUCCAGUGCUGUAUAUUUUUGUUUUACAGAGAAAUUAAAGCAGUCUGCUUCAGCAAGGGAACACAUUAGAUUCUUUCUUACAUAACACUUCCAUAUUAAAGAACACUAGAGCGCAGACAAUUUAGUGCACUCCCACUAUCAAGUCCCUCGCCGGAGGGGCGUGGAUAUUGUUCUACCUAAUGUCAGAAUAUCUUUAUAGUGAAAAUUAAUACCAAGUACCUUCUUUAUAAGAAAUCUGCAUUUUCAUGUGGAUUCAGAACCUGGGUCUCAGCCAAAAUGCAAUCUUUAGACAAGUCUAACGUUGAUUUGGAAGCAGGUGGUGGGGACGGUGGCCGUUCUUCCGGCGAAGAGUUGUGUAAGAGUGAGAUUAUCGGUGUGCCGGAAAAGAGGAGGAGAUCAUCGGUGUCAGAAUACCUGGAUGUGGAUCUGGAGGCAGAGGGGCAAGAAAAUGAGGUACAUUUGGAGAAAUCCGAGAGGGAUUGCAGGAUAUGCCAUUUGGGAUUGGAUGCAGAUAACCCUGAUUCUGGGCUGCCCAUUGAACUGGGCUGUUCAUGCAAAGAUGAUUUGGCUGUUGCUCACAAACACUGUGCUGAGGCUUGGUUCAAGAUUAGAGGAAACAAGACUUGUGAGAUUUGUGGAUCAAUAGCACAGAGCGUGGUUGUGAUACAUGAUGCCGAGCACAGUCAGGAUCCGGAUCCCGAGCUGCAAGAGCAGUCAAGCGAUGCAAGUACAACCACUGCGACCGUGGAAACACCGGCACCCGCAACAAGGUCCCGGAACUUCUGGCAAGGUCAUAGGUUCCUUAACUUCUUGCUAGCUUGUAUGGUGUUUGCCUUUGUCAUCUCCUGGCUCUUUCACUUCAAUGUACCUUCAUGAUAGCAUCUCCUUGAUGAAAAUGAAUGCAGAACAAUUCAUUUCCAUGUUGUUGUUCAUACUAGCCGCAUAGCUUAUUCCAAUUUGUACCAUUACAUGUUGUAAUGAUGUUUGGUGUAAUCCUAUGAAUAUCCUAAUCCUUGGUAUGAAUUGAGUUGAUGUGUGUUUAGCUUCAAUCAGCUCAACGAGGAUGCUUUGGCCUUUGGGUAUAAAAGUGAUAUUCCUUCCAUUCAAGAUUGUAUUGAUAAUUACUUGUGCAAUUUACAUAUUUAGAAUCUACAUUUGAAGAUCUAUUAAAAC